UGUUGAUUAAAUACUGGGGGUUUUACUGUGUACUCUCAAAAUAUUAUCACUUUAAUUUCUGCGAUUUAAAUUCUCGAAACAUUACGACUUUAACCUCGUAAUCUUAGAUUUUUUUUCUUUUUUAACGUGGCACUAAAACGGCGUCGUAUUAAAGGGCAUUUUAAAGUAUAUGAAUUAAAAAAAAAUUGUAGAAGCUUUUGCGCUAUAAUUUGACAACGUUCCAGAUGUAGCCUACUCUCUCAUAUUUUUUGUUUAUUACGAUUUUCUAUUAGCUACUAAUGGUGUUUAUUUUCAACUGUCCGGUUUAGUUUUUCGCAAUAUUAAAAAACAUGUAUUAAGACAAAAAAUUAUUUUCUCAAAAAUUAGGUUUUAGGCUAAAACGUUUAAUUCGUGAACAUGUCUGAUGGUUCUCUAUUUUUUAUUUUAUUUUUUUGUUUGUUUGUUUGUUUUUUGCGCACUAAUAUCUGUCAAACUAAUUUCUUACGAAUACAAUUUUUUUUUUUUAACUCACUAUGUAUAAGCAUUUGCGUUUUUAAUUUUACUUCAUUGAAUUACUUGUAGUGAAAAUAAAUAAUAAUACUAGGCCGGAUUCAAAUAAAGUACUCUUAUUGUGAAGAGACGCUUCUCAUGAGCUGUUGACUCGUUCUAAUGAUUCAGUUCGACUCGUGAGCGAAUUGUUUAGAGCAGUCUUGUCUAUGGUCCUGUGAACCGGUUCAGCUAGUUCAUUAAAAAGAUUCGACUCCAGAGAACGAUUCAUUCUCGAGUAGUACGUCUCUAGUAGAACCAAAACAAUGGCAUUUGACUUCCGGUCCGCUGUUCGCCUGUUCAAACACCAUGGCGCCUGGUGUCGGACUGAUGUCGGUUCUCCUCCUGACCCUGCCAUUGGUCACGUUUGCCACAAAACCCAGUUUCUCCAUUGAUUACAGUCAAAACUGCUUCCUUAAAGAUGGAGAGCCAUUUCGCUACAUCUCUGGCAGCAUCCACUACAGCAGGAUCCCCAGUGUCUAUUGGAAGGACCGGCUACUCAAGAUGUACAUGGCUGGUUUGAACGCCAUCCAGACAUAUGUGCCAUGGAGCUUCCACGAGCCGGUGCCUGGUCAGUUCGACUUCAGCGGAGACCGUGAUCUAGAGCACUUCCUACAGCUGUGCCGAGACAUUGGCCUGCUGGUCAUCAUGAGACCGGGCCCCUACAUCUGUGCGGAGUGGGAUAUGGGCGGUUUGCCUUCCUGGCUGUUGAAAAAGAAAGAUAUUUUACUGCGAUCAUCUGAUCCAGAUUACCUUGCAGCAGUGGAUAAGUGGAUGGGGCAGUUGUUGCCCAUCUUGAACCGUAACCUAUACCAGAACGGAGGACCCAUCAUUACUGUGCAAGUAGAGAAUGAAUACGGCAGUUACUUUGCCUGUGAUUAUAAUUACAUGCGGCAUCUCAGCCAGCUGUUUCGCGCUCAUCUGGGAAAUGAGGUGGUCCUGUUCACCACAGAUGGAGCAGGUGUGGGUUAUCUCAAGUGUGGAUCCCUCCAGGGCAUCUAUGCCACCGUUGACUUCGGCCCAGGUUCAAAUGUAACUGCUGCUUUUAAAGCACAGAGACAUGCAGAGCCACGUGGGCCUUUGGUGAACUCAGAGUUCUACACAGGCUGGUUGGAUCACUGGGGCGAGAAACACUCUGUGGUUCCCACAGCUGCUGUGGUCAAGACCCUCAAUGAAAUUCUGGAAGUGGGAGCCAAUGUUAACUUAUAUAUGUUCAUCGGUGGAACUACCUUUGGCUAUUGGAAUGGUGCCAACACUCCUUAUAGUCCUCAACCAACCAGCUAUGACUUUGACGCCCCGCUUACAGAAGCUGGAGACCUCACAGAAAAGUAUUUCGCCAUAAGAGAAGUCAUCAAAAUGUACAAAGAGAUACCAGGGGGAGUGCUGCCUCCAUCAACACCUAAAUUUGCUUAUGGGCAAGUGCAGAUGAAGAAGCUCAAGACUGUGUCAGAGUUCUUAGAUAUAUUAUCUUUCUCUGGCCCUGUAAAAACUCUUUACCCACUAACAUUUACUGAAAUGAAUCAGGCAUUUGGCUUCAUGCUGUAUCAGACUGUGUUACCUGUCAGCUGUUUGAAGCCCACCCCGCUGUCGUCCCCUCUAAAUGGAGUCCAUGAUCGGGCCUACAUAUCCAUUGAUGGUAUUGCUGCUGGUAUUUUGGAGAGAAACAAGGCACUCACCAUUAAUAUAACCGGGAAAGCUGGCAGCCGUGUGGACAUCCUGGUGGAGAACAUGGGCACAAUCAACUACGGCAGAGAAAUUAAUGACUUCAAGGGUCUGGUGUUUAAUCUGACUCUGGGUGCUGAUGUUCUGGGUAACUGGACGGUGUACUCUCUGAGUAUAGAUGAAGCAGUGCACAAGGGCCUGUUAUCGGCAUCGAGCGGAUUCAUCUCCACCUCCAGCAGCUUCAAUACCUCCCCUCCUCCUGCUCUUUCACCUCCAACCUUCUACGCUGGCAGCUUCAUCAUCCCCGACGGCAUCCCUGACCUCCCUCAGGACACAUACAUCCAGUUUCCCAACUGGCGGAAGGGUCAAGUGUGGAUUAACGGUUUUAACGUAGGCCGCUACUGGCCGUCCCGUGGACCACAGAUAACGCUCUUUGUCCCAGCCCACCUGCUCAGCAUCUCGGCCCAAAACAACAUAACUGUCCUGGAGUUGGAGGCGUCACCUUGCUCCUCGGGUCCCUGCACUGUGGAGUUCACUGACACUCCUGUCAUAAACGGCACUGUGAAGUCAACCGGCCACUACAAGAAGUUCAACAGACAAGACCUUCUGGAGCAGAACGAUCUUAGAAUAAAACAUUCGCGUCACACAUUUUACUGCUUUGAAGGAGUCUAAAGGAUGAAGUAGGAAGUUGUAAAAGAUGACACACAUGAGUACUGUAUUGAAAAUAUGAUCACUGUGAAUCUACAGUAAUAUAUCGCACAUGUACAGUAAUGUACUGUACAGUAAAUCUCAGGUGUAAAAGAUGCUCCAAGAAUGAGCUUUGGUCUUAAUUUUAAUGCACUAGAUGCCUGCUAAAUAAACUGCACUGUUUUAUACGUU